UCGUGGACCUGCCCCACUGCACGCAGCUCCGAUAGGUUCAGCACUUCUCACUUGGACAGCAUGGCGAAGGGCGCGCUCUUCUUCUUCUUCGUCGGUCUGCUGAACGGCGCUUUCUUUUUCACAGCUGGGCAGCGGCAGGCGGACCGCAUCGGGCCAGGAAGUCCGUGGAGGCAGAAGAUCCAGUGGCAAAAUAACGGACAGAUAUUCCGACUUCUUACUACCGGCACAGAGUACCACCCGCCGUCCUCCGUGGUGUCAAGGCGCACUGGACCCCACAACGUCUACCUUAGCUCGGACCUGGAAGAAGAGGAAGCCCCGAUCAGUAGACGAACUCCCCAGUCUGUCUCAAACCAACAGGCACCGGCCGCGAUCCGCCCGUCGGGAGCCAGACAGGCUCCCCAGACCCGCGCAACCUCGGGAUCCCCUGGGGCCCGUCGCUUCGCUUCUGAUUAUCACCGAAAAGUCAACGUCACGUCAGUCACCGAGUUCACCGAGUUCUCUGGCAGCGGGGUCAUUCGCGCGGGUACGUUUUCACGUGCCCGUAAUGUCGAGCCACUUUUGGAGAGAUUCAAGACGGGGGCUUCCAGCCAGGGCACUCUUUCCGGACAGAUCGAAGCUAGAGGGCGACAGCAAAGAGAGAACACCGGGGGCAGCUUUACAGAGGAGGUGCCUGCAGUUGAUUCUGUGACCCUCAGAGGGGAAGAUCUAUUGCAGUAUUUGCCCCCAGCAGGUUCGCUGGAACAACCGAAUGGUGACGCGGGACCAGGCACACGGGAUGAGACGCAAGUUCCUUUAGACAUGGUGGGAGACGAUCCCCGGAGCCCCUACAAAAAUAUUAGAAACAGCGUCCUGUAUAACGCGUACCCCCCUCCUCCUGCUCCUAGAAGCCCGGCUCGACCGCGCAGACCCUCACUAUCCGGGUACGGAACCAGGUAUUUCCAGAAUGGGCUACCUGACCUGGUUCCAGAUCCCUACUACAUUCAGGCAGCGACUUACAUCCAGAGGAUGCAGAUGUAUGCACUGAGGUGUGCUGCAGAAGAAAACUGUUUGGCCAGGUCGGCGUACAGGCCGGGUGUGACAGACAUUCAGUUCAGAGUUCUGCUACGAUUCCCUCAGAGGGUCAAAAACCAAGGAACUGCCGAUUUCCUACCCGUCAAACCUCGCCAUCAGUGGGAGUGGCACAGCUGUCACCAACACUACCAUAGCAUGGAUGCAUUUAGCAACUAUGACCUCCUGGAGGUGUCAACGGGCCGCAAGGUGGCAGAGGGUCACAAAGCCAGCUUCUGCCUGGAGGACACGACCUGUGACCCAGGGUUCAGGCGCCGCUAUGCCUGCACGGCGCACACUCAGGGCCUGGGACCUGGCUGUUACGACACCUACAAUGCUAACAUCGACUGCCAGUGGAUUGACAUCACUGACGUUCGUCCAGGAAAUUAUGUACUUAAGGUCACGGUGAACCCCAGUUUCGUUGUGCAAGAGCUGGACUUCUCAAAUAACAUUGUGAGAUGUGACAUCACCUACACUGGCACCUACGUGUCAACGCGUAACUGUAGGAUAUCCAGCUACUGAACUGGAGGGAGUGGUGGCCACUGAGAAGAGACAGGCCAGAGAGCUCAUUUUAUGCAAGGCUGGUGAAUAUAAGUAGCAUGGAGACAGAGCUCCAAAUCCACAAGACCCUGUAUCCCUACAAUGUCAGCCACUGUGCAAGUCCCAGCUCACUGGAGCUGUAUUUUUUUAUACUUUGAUGACUUUGUUUUUUUAUGGAUUUUUGAGGUUGUGUGUUUGAGUGAAAGUCCAAUUUGAAUCCUCUACUUAAGCCUCACCUUCUUGGUUUCAAUAUUUUCCUCUUGAUUGAGCACUGAUACACAACUUUUCCAUUCCUAUAUUUUUUUUUAAUUAUUUGCAUAUUUCAGUAGGUAAAUAAUAGCAGAUGUCAAGUAACCAUGACCUGCGGGGUAGCAGUCAUCUAGAGAAUGGUCAUUAUUGUCUACAAUCCCAGUUGGUGGUAAACUCUAAGCACAAUCCCAAUCUGGAACAUUCCUGUAUCUCAGUGGUGCAGGACACCAAAGCCUGUGGAAACGUCUACCCACCUGAUUAUCAUGAUAGACCCUAAGUGCUUAGCAUCCAUCAUAUCCACGUGUGAACAUACUGUUUUUGCACAAGACAGUACCAUCCCAAUAAAGGUGUAUCGAUGCCCAAGUAAGUGUCUCAGAAGUGUGCUAGUCCACACCUGCUCUCAGUGACAGUCAUUUAAAAUGAUAGCAUAGCCUAUUGUGAACAUGAAAUAACUAAAGAUUUCCACUGCCAUCCCUAACUUUUGCAAUUUCAGUCUUUGAGGCCAGCUAGCACGUCAUUGUUUCUCCAUUUAGUUCAUCCAUUUGGUUCCCACUGACUUUCAGUACAGUUAAAAUGUGUACUCCAUUCUUGGUGAUUCUCACUUUUACAGUUGGUAUGGCCACAUAUUCCCAUCAUUUUAACAGGUGAUAAUGUGAGUUCAUUCUCACUAAUUCCCAUUUCAUAUCUUGCAUCAUCUAUUUCUAGAACUAUUAUGUAUUACACAUCUAAUUGGCAAUUCACUUUUCAGUCCUUUUUACAAUUCUUACCUGCACUUCCAUUCUACCAAUUUGUAUUCAUUACAGUCCAUGUUUGCGUGGCCAUUCCUUGAAGAUCACCUGCUCACAUCCAUUUUUAUUCAUUAACUUUCAUUGAUUACAGUUCAGAGUUGUGUGUCCCUUUAUUUUUCAAUUUUAUUUGCACUCCUUUUCCCACUGAUUCUUAUUUCGUAGUAUUCAUAUUGGAGCGUCCCUUCCCACUAAUUUUCCCACACUCCAGGUCACAUUUACAUUUCCUGUAAUUCUCAUUUUUAAAUUGGUGUGUUUAUUUCCAUUCAUUUGCAAGUGUCUAUUAAUCUGAAUUUGUUGCAAUUACAGUACUGAUCUUCUUGACCAUUUCCACUGAUUUUCACCCAUUACAGCUCCAGUUUGCAUAUCCAUUUCCACUAAUACUCACUUUUAAAAUUCUCAUUUUAAUGUCCAUUCACAAUGAUUAGCACUGAUUACAGAUCAUAUUUGCCCAUCAAUUCCCACAAGUUCUCUUUUCCUUUAUUUUUUUUUAAUAAUGCAUCCCUUUCCAUUAAUUGUUAUUCUUUACAGUCCAAAGUUCCUUGUUUAUUUCCCAUGGUUUUCAUUUCAAAUGAAAUGUUGGGGACCAACCGGUUCACCUGGUUUACUAAAAUAAUAAUCCAAACCAAAAUAACAGGCGCAUGCGGUCUCUUCGGCCGUUGGCUGCCAUGUGACAAGGCUCUGAAGAGCGGUCAGCCUUUAAGACUGAGCUCCAUCCAGUCAAAUGAGACACCUGCUUCCAGGAGCGCCCAGCUGUUAUAGUUCGUAGAGCAGAAGGGGCGGAGUCAAUUGUCCUCAUUGGGCAUCUUCUCAGAGCUGUAGGUGGGAAAAAAGACAAGACAGUCAACAAUUGCACCCCUUGUGUUCCGGGGUGGUAAUGCAACCUUUAAUGAGCCUGGAGGAUGACACUCUGACGUGCAUAAGUGACACCAUUGAUUGCACUAAUUUAUCCCAGCUCAUAUUUACCUGACUGUUUCUGCUAAUUCCCAUUCUAAAAUGUGUUAUUUAAAUUCAAUGCAGUCCAAAUCUGAUUGCCAAUUACCAUAAAUUCUGAUUAAUUAUAUUUGCAUAUCUUUUCCUCAAAUCCUCAUUUUCACAAUUUUUUUAAAAAAAUUGCAGUUCGUGCUUACAAGUAAAUAACCUCAGAUUGAUUUUUUUAUAUGCUUUAUUAAUCCUUGAGGGGAACUUGUCUUGUCACAUGACCUUUGGAGUCAGAGCACAGGGUCAUCCAGAUUAAGGGCUUUGCUCAUAGGCCCAAUAGCAUAGGAUCCCAUCUGGCAGUAACAAGAUUUGAACCAGCAACCUUCUAAAUACCAGUGCAGAGCCACCACUGUGCCUUGUCAGAAAGCAAUUGUCAGUUUUAAAGUUCUUCAUGUACAGUUAUAUCAGCUGAAUUUCCGACUUGUGUCCAUUAAUUCUUUUAAGUUCCCUUCUUAUAUGUCUGUCUUUUCCCACCAAUUAUUCUCUACAGUUUAUAUCUGCAUUUCCAUUUGCAAUAAUUCUCAUUUUAAAGAUGUAAUCAUUUAAUAAUUCCUACUUAUUCUCAUGGAUUACAGUCCUCACUUGCAUGACCAUUUCCACGCAUACUCAGUUCUAAAGUUCCCAUUUUCAUAUCCAUUCACAUUUAUUUUCAAAGGACUGCUCUUCAGCUUUGUACAUUCAGUUCCAUUAACUCUCAUUCAUUACUGCCCACAUUUGAGUGUCCAUUCCGAACAGUUCUUAUUAAUUACAGCAAUUCUUUCUAAAGUAUUUUCCAGUAAUUCUCAUUUUUGCAAUCCUUAUAUGUUCAUCUGUUCCUGUUCUCACUUUUAAAGCUGUUAUUAUGCCUACAAGUUGAACUAACUGGCAUUCCUUUCUGUCCUAAUUUGAGUGUCCUUUUCUAUUUAUUUAUUUUUGUUCCAUUCAUUGUAAGCUUUUCAUAUGCACACUUCUCUCCCAGUAAUCCUCACGGUCUCUAAAGCUCCAUUUUGAAAUCCAACUAUGAACGUUCUGACUAUUGCAGUGAUUUAUAGAGACUGUAAACUGACUCUACCCAAACACCUCCAGCAUCUAAAGCCCUGAAGGUGCCCAUAACCAGAAAUCCUACACAUUCAGAACAUUCUCGACAGACACAAACAGCUGCCUCAUUGUCUCGAACCCUUUCACAACAUCCAUCAGCCCUUUAGAGCUCCUUCAUCGUUUACAUUGUGGCUAAAGGCUUAAUUCUUUCAUUUACACUCUGAACUAGGCAUCUUUAAAUUCUUAAAACAGUCAAAGAUUAUGUUUUAUCCCCUUGUCUAUAUCUGCUGUUACGUACCUGCCAUGCAUUAUGUCAUCUUGUACUGUAAUGUUUAUUGCAAUGUAAAGUUUUUUUGCUGAUAAUACUCAGUGAA